AGUAUCCGGUUGAAUCCGUUGUGAGCAGCGGAGCACAAAAGCUUGCAGCCGCCGAAGGACGGAAUCGAUCACGCGACGAGCCUGCGCCGACCCCUGCACCGCCCGAGCAUCCCACGGACGCGCGCUUGACCUCAUCGACCUCACCAUCUGCGCCUCAUUCGAACCGCGCCUAUAGUUAUGGUGGCCACGCUGCAAUGCAAGCCCCACACGGCCGACCCGACGUUGGGUCGACAGGACAACAACAGCAACAACGCCAAGGACGGAACUCGCCGGCGUGGCAUCGACGGCAGUGCGCGCGACGUGGCGCAGAAGCUAUCGAGCCCGAUGGCGCCGAGCCCGCGCUUGGUGUACCGACGCAAGCUCGCCAACGAGACAUGUAAUACCAAGACAAAGCACGAGCGUGGAGGCUCUCAGCAACCGUGCCAUGCUCCAUCAAGUCCAUUGGCCGAGCCAAGCCCACCGCCCGGCGCUGUCUCUUUGUCCAUGCAACAACGUCCACGCCCCUCGCCCGUCGAUACAUCAACGACCCACCGCGAUAAGAAGGGACCACCGAAAAGCUCGCGCAAGUCGAGCGCCAAGCCGCCGGCCGACGAGCUGUCGACAAACGAAUCGAAGAAGGAUAUUCCGCACACCGUCCAGCCCACUCGUGCGCCACAACCCGAGAAAGUACGGUCACCGUGCGCGUCGCGGAAGAAGAAGCCGACCGGCCAUGCCCGGGGCGACAACAAUACGCCAAUAACACCUCCACGGGCGUCUCGCGAUCGCACAGGCAGCUCGUUUGCGUCCGUGGAGCCAGAGCCCCCGUACUCUGCCCACUCGACCAUCAUGUGGGCCUCGGACGAGAUUGAAGCGUUUGUCGCUACCGUCGACGACGAAAUGGCAGCGAUGGGCCAAGCCUACUGCAAGGCGCUGCAGUACUUGAAUCGGUUGGUUGUCACGCGCUGGGCCCACGCGUUCAUUGAUGUGUACGGGUCCAUUUGCACGCAGCUCGCGCUUCCAGGCAGCGACCUCGACUGCGUCAUCGUCGUGCCCGAAGCCAAGCACGGCCUGUCGCCGAUUGCGAUGCUCCGUGAGGUCCACGCGAUCGUGGUCGACCAGGCAUGCGUUGCUGACGUCGAGCUCGUCGAAGCCGCGAGCAUCCCUGUGCUCAAGUUCGUCUACCGGCUCGGCGACGUCGCGGUGCCCAUGGACAUUAGCGUCGCGCAUUCGGCGGGUCACUCGGGACUGGCGUCGCGGGACCUCGUGAAAAAGUUCUCCGAGUACAUGCCCGCGCUUCGGCCACUGGCGCUUGUGCUCAAGGCACACCUCAAGGCCAACGGCCUGGGCUGCGCGUUCUCAGGCGGUCUCUCGUCGUACGCGCUCGUCGUGCUCAUCAUUCGAUUCCUCCAAUGUUUCGGCGACGUGCACGUGUGCCAUACGGAGCCACCCACGCCUGAGCUGGCGCGACAACCCAACACCCUCUACACGUUCUUCCGCCAUGAUGCGGUCGUCUGGCAAGGCAAUAUCGGCAUGCUUCUGCUCAUGUUUCUCGAGCAGCACAUGAGCUUUGAGUUUGCCGCGUAUGGCGUGAGCAUUGCCAACGGCGGCGAGUACUUUGCCCUCGACGACGUGGCCAGCGAUGCGAGCUUCGCGGUCCACGCACACAUUGUGGACCCGCUCUCGACCCGCCGCGUGCUCGGCAACUCGUUCCGUAUCCACGAGAUUGUGCGUGCGUGGCGCCACUUGCACGGCCAGAUUCUGGUGCGCGCGCCGCUUGUAGACGUGUUGUCGUCGUAGCCCCUUUUUUCUUUUUUUCCCUGCAUAGCCCU